AUGCUUACAAACUUUCGUUUCCAUCCCCAGGUGGAGGGGGUGCGGGUGCUGUUCAUGGUGGUGUACAUCGUGGUGAUGCUGUUGGGGAUGGGCGGGAACGCUUUCGUGUGCUGGACCAUCAAGCGGAACCACCUGCUGCACAACGCCGCGCACUACUUCAUCGCCAACCUCGCGGUCUCAGACCUGCUGGUGUCGUCCGUGGUGGUACCGAUGACGCUGGUGACGUACAUCGGGGACCCCGCCCUGCUCAGCCAGCCCCUCUGCACCAUCGCGAACUACUUGCAGCCCGUCUGCGUCUCGGCAAGCGUCUUAACCUUGGUGGCUAUCUCCUUAGAAAGGUUUUACGCCAUUGUCCAGCCGAUCCGUAACCUGGCGAACAGCCGAAUCUUCCCCGUCACCCGUGUCCGGAACACCAUCAUCGCCGUCUGGCUGGUGCCUGUGGUGGUCUUGUGCCCCUGGCUGGUGCCUGCAGAGGUGACAGCGGGGUGUUUCUACAGCCAGCUGGGGGAGGUGUACCGCGCCAGGUGUCUGGACGGCUUCUACCUGGUGUUCGACCCCGAGACAGCUGGGAAGGUCGCCAUGGCCAAUCAGAUCAUCACGCUGCUGGUGAUGCACACGUUCCCGAUGGUGUUCAUCGCCGUGACGUGCGGCUUGGUGGUCUGGCGGCUCAUGAAGCUGCAGAAGCCGGUCACGCCCCGCGGCACCGUCACCAGGAGCGAGAUCAACAGGCGGAAGGUAACGCUGAUGGUGAUCGCCGUGGUGGUGGCCUUUGUGGUGGCCUGGACUCCCCUGCAUAUGGUCAGCAUCACCUACCUCUUCACCCCGCAGCCCAGCGAAUUCGUCCUCGCCAAGAACAACUUCUUCACCGGGUACCUCAUCCUCUACCUCCUCGGCUACCUGAACUCGCUCGUCAACCCUUUGAUCUACAUUCUCAUGAGCGACCGCUUCAGGAAGGACUUCAAGGGACUGGUGAAGACCGUACUGCCGUGCCUGGGCUGGUGCCGCUGCUGCGGCGGGUCGCCCGGCGGGCGCGGGAGGAGCAACACCGCGGCCAGCGUGACGGAGAUGACCGAGGCCGGCGCCGGGUGGCAGCCGCCGAACUACAUGGAGCUUCGGAACGGGCGGUACGUGCCGGCCAUCAGCAGGGGGGUCUUCACGCAGGCCAACCCCAUCCCUGGCGCGCUCGAUACUGUGGACGCUGCCGGGGAGGGCAGACCGGGGUUAGCCAGCAACGGUGUGGACAACAACAAAAGCACCGGCGUCACGCAGUGUCCCGGACACUACGUACCUCUGAGCACCAGCGAGCACGUCAGCCACAUCGGCUCUUCUUCUUACGCGACGUUCGCGGAGUACAGCACCGAUUCUAUGGCCAGGUGCAGGAGCGAUUCGGACGAACUGGUGUCCACUGAAGCCGAGGUCUUCAUUAACGAGAGAAGUGUAGACAAUUCGGAAACGUCGAACGGUUUUAUGACGUCGACUUGUCCGGAUACCCGUGAACCCACGAGAAAACGACUUUCCUCGGGGUUUGAUGAGCCGAUCCCGCUCGCACCCCUACCCAAGUACCCCCUGCGUAAGUCCGGCUCUAUGGCUUCCAUAAGAUCUCUGAUCGACAGGAUUGGGAAGCGGAAACCCAGUCAGAGCGUCAGCAGUAAUGUUGGUCUGGGGCUGCUGCAGCUGGUCGAGACGGAGGCCGAUACAGACUCUCCGGUACCGAGCUCAGACGAUGAGGGACACAUCCGUUACAACAGCGCGUUUUUCGACAACCCCGAGGAACUUCCGGUGGACAGCCAAUGGCCGUCUACGUCACACCGUCCUCACCAGGCGAGAGACAUGACAAUGGCAGAGGUAGGAAACAGUCGAUACCCGCCAUCUGAGUCGUCAGACUCAACCCUAGGCGGGUCCCCGGACAUCUACCGAAGACACGAUCGCACCGAGUCGGUGCCGAGCGACGAGGGCAUCGGGCUCGGGUACGACCAGAGCAGCGACGAGGACGACUGGGGGAACGACCUGUCGGACUUCGAGGAGAGGUUUGGGCAGUACGAGUUCGAGCCGAGGCUCAAACCUGCCCUGCCCAACCCAGGCUUUCUCAGAUACUUUCGCACGAAAUCCACGUCCCUAACAGCGUCUGUGGAUGUGUAGAUUAUUUUCGGCGUGGACGCAGUUAUAUAAUGUUCCGUUAUCGUUCUACUCAGAUGUUAUGAGAAGUCCCAUUCGUAGUGUUAUUAUUAGUGUGAUCCUCUUUAUACUUGUCACAGACAUUUAGAGGAGUUUUAGUCGUAUUCCUUUUUGUGUGGUUUACUUUUAUACUUGUCACAGACAGUCCCGUUUGUUUCACUGUCUGUUCCUUUUUUAUGCUCGAUUUAGUUUAAAGUAUUGUAUACGCAAGACAUCUUUUGUAGUUUAUUCUGUAUUGUUAACAUACUAGUCUAUCCUAUGUUGCUCUGUUAUAUAUACUGGAGAUGAUCUGUUGCAAUAAAGUUGUUAUGUGAUGCG